AUGCUAGCCAGAGAGCAGGAUACGUCAAGCCGUAUAGCGGGAAGCCGAGGCUUCGUCGCAGAAACUAUGCAGACGAGCUUUCGUGCAGGCACGGCGCAAAUGCGCGUCGUGUCGCUGGCUUUGUAUAAAGACCGGCGCAAGUUGACGACGAAGCAGGACCGUCCAUCACGUCUGGUUGCCUCUCUUCUUCGUUCUAUUCCCCUGCGCAAGCAGAAGAGGAUCAUGUUCUCCCAGGUGGACAUCGAGGACCGCGCGAGGAGAGAUGUCGAUCGGGCACGGGCACGACGGCAAGAGGUCGCCUUGAAGGAGUUGCACCAAAAGGAGGCUGAACAGAGAAAGAAGGCCGCGGCGUGCGGGCGGUGGGUCGGGGUUGAAGCAGACCGUUCCAGACUCUUAAGGGGGACCAAGGCCUCGAAGGAAAGGAUGCUCGAGCCAGAAGAUCUGGACGACCUAGAGGACCGGAGGGCGAGCCUCCCCGCGCAUUGCUCGCCCAUCGCCAUCAGCGGCCGAGACCUACGCUUCAACCAGGGCCGGGCCGUGCCAGCAUGGAGGCGCGGUUGUUUGUAGUAAACGGAGCGAGUGUGUGU